AUCACCCAAUAUCUUCUGAAACGGCUCAGUGCUGCCACCACCUACUCUUAUCUCGUCUUCAACGUUACUCAGAGAGAGAGAGAGAGAGAGAGAAUGCAAUCCUCUAUGCGCAUGGCCGCGUUACCUGCUUCCCCUCCACUUUUGAAGCCGAACCACAGUUUUCUCUUGGGUGAUUUUCUCACUUCCAAACCAGUUUCACCCAUUAGAAGAAGAAGAAGAGCUUCUUUAACCACAAGAGCUCUGCUUCAAACUACAAAGGAUUCAGCUCUAAAAGAGUUCCAUGAACGAAGGGCUCUCAAGAUAAUCUCUGGCUUGCAGAAUUUUAACAAGGACAAUGUUGUUUCUGUUGUAACUGCUGCAGAUAAGGGUGGAGCAACUCAUGUGGAUAUAGCAUGCGACCCAGAGUUGGUAAAGCUAGCCACAAGCUUGACUUCUCUUCCGGUUUGUGUUUCUUCUGUGGAUCCAGCAGCAUUCCCAGGUGCUGUUGAAGCAGGGGCACUGAUGGUGGAGAUUGGAAACUACGAUUCAUUUUAUGAUAUGGGCAUGGUUUUCUCUCCAGAGCAGGUUCUGAAACUAACAAAGGAGACUAGGAGGGUUCUUCCAUCUGUGGCCCUAUCAGUCACUGUGCCUCACACUUUAAGCCUCCCAGACCAGACCAAGCUUGCAGAGCUUCUGGAACAGGAAGGUGUUGACAUUAUCCAAACAGAAGGAGGGAAAUGUUCUAACCCUUCAAAAUCUGGUGUUCUAGGUUUGAUUGAGAAGGCAACCCCAACGCUGGCUGCAGCAUAUGCUAUUUCACAGGCUGUCAAGAUUCCUGUUAUGUGUUCAUCGGGACUAAGUGCUGUUACGGCGCCAAUGGCCAUCGCAGCAGGGGCUGCUGGUGUGGGCGUGGGCUCGGCAGUCAACAAGCUAAAUGACGUUGUUGCAAUGAUAGCUGAGGUUAGAAGUAUUGCUGAUUCUAUAGGCGCAUCUGCUGAUAGGCAUACCAAGUCUAAAGAGAGGACCUUGAGAAGUCUCUAGCAUGUGCAAUUUCAUGUGUGUGUUUGUUUGGAUAAAAAUGGCUUGAGAACAUCUAAUUUUUUUUUUUUGCUGGAAUAUAAACAAGCUGUGAUCGGUGGCAUGCCUAAAAGUAUUAUAGAUCAUCAGUUUGUAAUGUUCUAAAAUAUAUACAAGAGGUUCCUCUUGUAGAUACGAAAAGAUGGUCCAAAUGGAGAGAUCCUUGCAGGGUGUUGCGUGCUU